CUCAGACGAGGGCCCACUGUGUUUGUCUGACACACUUCACCACACAAACCGCAUGCGUUCACACAGUUAAACUUCCACAUCAACAUCCUCAUUCGUACCUGCUGUCUGUCUGCUAGCUCGCUGUAGCUGUCACAACAGUAGGAAAUCAUUCUCUGCCUUUUUCGAAAAAUGCAGGAGAGCUCUGCUUCCAAAGGUGAAAAGACUCCAUGGACGAGACCUAGACGAUGGUUGUGUUUUUGGAUACUGUCACUCGUGAUGGUAACGUUGAUUAUGUUCUACAAUUCAAGCUCCAAUGUGUCAUGGCCUUGGAAGUUUUGGACUACACGCUCACAGUCAAGCCAAUCUUACAACAUUAUGACUAUGAGUACUAUGAGUACUACAGUCCACAGUUUCUCCCCAGAUCCCACUUCAGAGUACUUUGUCGCGUACCCGCACCGGUAUGGUUUCGUUUUGGACGAACUCCAUAGGUGUCGGCAGGAAAGCCCAUUCUUGGUUCUUAUGAUCCCAGUCGCACCCCACAACAGAGAAGCCCGUGACGUAAUCCGCAACACGUGGGGCAAAGAAACUACUGUGCUUGGCAGAGUGGUCAGCCACUACUUCCUGCUGGGACUGUCCAAAGAAGAAGAUGGGACAGAAACCAUUAAGGAGCAAGUGUUACAAGAAAGCCAGACACAUCAUGAUAUUCUCCAGAGUGACUUCUUGGACAGCUACAAUAACCUCACUAUUAAAACCAUGGUCAUGUUCGAAUGGCUCAGCUCCCAUUGCCCCAACACCUCCUACGCCAUGAAGAUCGACUCGGACAUCUUCCUCAAUAUCCGCAACCUCGUCGACAUGCUUUUGAAAGCCCCCCGACAUCUCUACAUGACAGGUAUUGUGGCAAGGGGCGCUGCCGUUCUCAGAGACCAUAACUCCAAGUGGUAUCUCCCGGUGUCUGCCUUCCCUGAGUCUAGUUACCCACCGUAUGCCCUGGGACUGGGCUACGUGUUCUCGCUGGAUUUACCCCAAAAGAUACUGGAGGCGUCUGCUCAUGUUAAAGCUGUUUACAUUGAAGAUGUGUAUGUAGGACUGUGUAUGAGGCAUUUGGGAAUCGCACUGACAGAUCCUCCUCAUGGUAAUUUGUUUAGGGCGUAUAUGCCUAAUGAGGCAAGCAACUGUUACUGGACCUCUGUCAUCACAACGUUGCUGCAGAACUCUAACCAACUUUCAGAUGCAUGGGGAACUUACCAGACUCAAGCACAAAGUGGCUGUUAACGUUUUUUUUCCCAUGCCAGACAAAAAAAACGAUGUAACUGCAUGGCCCUGUUGCACAACCCAGCAGUUACAACACCACUCACUUUACAUCAUAAAGUGCUGCCUUGAUGAUAUUUUUUUUCCAUCUUUGAAAUACGAUGGUGACUUUUGACAUCUAUACAACCGAGAUAGUGAGACUGAUAUACAUUUUCUGGCUGAUCUAAAUGGGUUUAUAUCUUAGGUGUUUGCAAAGGUUGCACAAAUGAUUGUAACUAUGUCAUUAAUGUCAAGAUUUUAAAAAAUAGUAAUGCAUAAGCUUGCGUGACUGACUUUUACCAGGAAACUUCUCUUUGAGGAAGAGGUCAGCCUCACACUACCGCUGCAUAACUCAUUAGACAAUUUACACAGUCUGCUGCUGAACAGCUGUGGUUAUUACAACUCUGGAGUCAUCUGAAUAACCACGACAUUAAUGGCAUUGACUGUCAAGAAUACCAGAAUAUUCACCAGCAGAUUAUGCAUAGUGGCAGCCUCGGCUGAAGACAGAAGAGCAUGAUAGCGUCACUGACUAUGGCGUGAAACAUAUUUUACACCGUCUUUGCGGUUGUUCCAACUAAGGACAUCUGAGAUCUGAUAAUAAAGUGAGGAUGUGUUUGCUGAGCGAGGAAUCAGUGUGAAAAACUUUGCGUACCUAAACUUAGGUACUGUUUUGACUCUAUGUUCUAUGCUAAUCCACGGUACUUGUUGAAAAUACAGCUAAAUUGAUGAAAAGAAACACACAGUACAGUGACUAUUGUGUAAAUAAUUAUUUAUAAUGAAAUACAAUAUACACUCACCUAAAGGAUUAUUAGGAACACCAUACUGAUACUGUGUUUGACCCCCUUUCGCCUUCAGAACUGCCUUAAUUCUACGUGGCAUUGAUUCAACAAGGUGCUGAAAGCAUUCUUUAGAAAUGGCCCCUGUUGAUAGGAUAGCAUCUUGCAGUUGAUGGAGAUUCGUGGGAUGCACGUCCAGGGCACAAAGCUCCCGUUCCACCACAUCCCAAAGAUGCUCUAUUGGGUUGAGAUCUGGUGACUGUGGGGGCCAUUUUAGUACAGUAAACUCAUUGUCAUGUUCAAGAAACCAAUUUGAAAUGAUUGGAGCUUUGUGACAUGGUGCAUUAUACUGCUGGAAGUAGCCAUCAGAGGAUGGGUACAUGGUGGCCAUAAAGGGAUGGACAUGUGUAUGUCCUAAAAAUGACCUUCCUACACAACAAAUUACGUAUUAAGGGUAACAUAUUUUGUCCCUGAUAACGUUUGUAGUUGAUGUAUCACAAAUACCACCAAAGUCUGCAUAGGGAGUAGGUUGGGGUAAUAAAUUGAUUGAUUGAUUUAACUGAAUUUUGAGUCAUCCAAACGCUCUUAUGGCGCCAUUUUGAUGCUAACAAGCCAUCACCUCCCGUUAGCCUCCCAAUGACUCCCAUUCAUUUUGACGUCACUUUGACAGCGAAUAACUUUACCUCUGAUGCGUUUAAAGACUCAAUUUCUCAGUUGUUUAUUUCCGAAGAAACUCAAGAAUUUAUGAAAGACUCCAUUACCUGGUAUCUCACGUUAUGGCUCCGUAGCAGACAUUUUUGUAAUGUCUCAAUAAACGGAUAUAAAGUCAACACAGACAUUUGUGUUGUGGGAUUAUUAUAACCAGUAAUGUUUGGGAAAUGAAGGGCACGGUUUUAAACAGAGAAUGAUGUAUUGAUUUGUUAAAUAUGAUAUAUAUGAUUAUAUAUAUGAUUGUUAAAUAUGUACACAGGAAAGCUACAGGACUACUGUGGGGAAUUUGAUGUUUGGCUAGGCUUACAGAUGAUUUAUAAACCGUGUGAUAAUCAACAGAACAUAUUGACACUCUAAACUAACACAUACAGACAACAUGUGCAAAAGUCUUUAUGAAAUUAAAUAGGCUUAAAUAUCUUUUUUCUCUAUUUUUGCACAAGGAUCAGCUGAUUGUAAUUUUUAUUAUUUAUAAUCAUAUACUGAGUUGUUAAAUGAGUCCUCUUUCUGUGAAAUGAUCACAUGUUUAAUCAUGUCCAAACAUAUAGAUUUAU